AUGCGCAUUCUAUUUCUUUCACCAAGGGAAAUUAUUAAAUGUGCAGAAUGUCAUGAUGAAACACCAAAAGACGAAAUAAUGCCUGAUCGUGGUUUCAGAAAUGAUAUGAAAUCAUUAUUAAUUACAUGUUCAUUAUGCCGAUGGAAUGGUUUAUUUAAGGAAUAUGAGUUUAAAAUAAAAGGUUUUAUUUAUUUUUUGUUCUAUGAUGAUUUCAUAUUUCAGGAGCACCUGAAAACAACUCAUCCAAAUCCAAUGUGUGAAUUUUGUGGAGAAAUAUUUAAUUCAACGAUUAGACUUGAUGAGCACAAACAAAAAGAAUGUACCAAAAUUACUGUACCUUGUGCGCUCAAAGAAUAUGGUUGUUUGGAUUCAGUGUAUCGAGUUCAAUUACAAGAGCACUAUUUAAGUGAUAUUCAUCAAAAAGUAAUAAUUAGUAUUAUACGUCGUUUGAUGUCGAGGGCAAUAAAUGAACGACAUGAACGAAUGACAGGAAUGGAUGUUGAUAUGGAACAAAGUACUUCUAGUUCAAUGAUCACAACAACAAAUGGAAAUCUUAGUACACAAUGGCAAGAAAUCUAUGAAACAAUAAAUAUUCUUGCUAGCGGAAUUCAAACAUUAGAUGAUGAUACACAACGUCUUAGUAGUGAAUCAAUUCGAUUACAAAGUUCAAUUGAAUCUUUAACACAAGACUUUUCAUCAAUCAAAUUGAGUAUUCAAGAACAAAGUUCUUUUUUAGAUGGUAUUAAACCUAAUCAAGAAAUUCUUCAACAAGAUGUUGCAUCAUUGAAAGAAAAAAUCGAUGACAUGCAAUAUGUAUCAUAUGAUGGAACAUUUAUAUGGAAAAUAACAAAUUUUCAUGAAAAAAUGAUGGAUGCACAAUCUGAACGACAAACAUCAAUUUAUUCACCUCCAUUUUAUUCAUCUCUGACUGGCUACAAAAUGCGAGCUCGACUUUAUCUAAAUGGUGAUGGCAACGCUCGACGUACACAUAUGUCAUUGUUUUUUAUUCUAAUGCGUAGUUCACAUGAUACAAUAUUAAAAUUUCCUUUCAAUUAUAAAGUUACAUUUUGUUUAUAUGAUCAAACUCCUCAACAACGACAUAUUAUUGAUUCUUUUCGACCUGAUAUUAAAUCAAAUAGUUUUCAAAGACCACGAUCAGAAAUGAAUAUUGCUAGUGGUAUACCGAAAUUUUUCCCAUUGACACUGAUUCAACAAGAAGGUAAUCCAUAUGUAAGAGAUGAUACAAUGUUUAUUAAAGUAAUGGUUGAUUUUGGUGAUAUGCCUAAAACAUUGUUACCAUAUGCAUUAAGUCUUAAUCCAGGAUUACCAAUGCAUA